AUGGAUUCCCAAGAAUCUAGUGCAAGCUUUCAAGAAAAUACAUAUAUAUAUGAAAGUACUAGCGAUGAUGAUAGUAAUAAUAUAAGUUCUUCUGCAAGCACAUCGACCAGUACUAAAAAAAAGAGAGGCAGAAAUAAAUCAAGUUUCGUAUGGAAGCAUUUUAAAGUAAUUGGAGCUAAAGAU